AUGGCAUUCCCACUUGUCACCAUCGCAGCUGUAGCUGUGGCCUUGCGCCUACUCUGGGUGUUGGUCUCGAAAUGGCAGAAUGCACAGAAUGCUCGCCGCCUGGGUUGUGGCUCGACUCCUCUCUACCCCAGUGAUUUUAUUGGAAUUAGCGUACUCAAGGAAGCCUUGAAGGCGGACAAGGCGAAACAGCUCCUCCAGUUAAUCGAGCGUCGGGUUGCGCUCAUGAGUGACCGGGAGGGACGAUAUGUGUCGACUUUCCGCUUGCGGCAAAUCGGCCGCGAGAUGUACUUCACCACAGACCCGAAGAACAUCCAGGCGGUUUUGGCAACACAGUUCAAGGACUUCGAGCUGGGAGCUCCCCGGAGGAACGCCAUACACUCGUUGCUGGGCACGGGCAUUUUCACUUCUGAUGGAGAGGAAUGGUCCCGGUCAAGAGCGCUCCUUCGUCCUCAGUUCACGCGCGGCCAGAUCAGCGAUCUGGAGUUGGAAGAACGACACGUUCAGAACGCGAUGCGGGCAAUGCGUGUUGUGAACGACAAGUGGACCGAUGCGGUGGACAUCCAGUCCAUCUUCUUCCGAUUGACUAUCGACUCUGCAACCGAGUUUCUCUUUGGCGAGAGCGUGGAAAGCCAGCUCUCAGCCCUGAAUGGCGGCGGAACCCCAGCCGACCAAUUUCCCUACUACUUUGAUCGAUCGCAAUGGUACUGCGCGCAACGGGGUCGCUUCGAAAAGCUAUGGUGGGUUGUGAACAACCGGGAAUCACGCCACGCGGAGAAGGAGGUACACGCCUACGUCGACCGCUUCGCGCAGAACGCUAUCAAAACCGCCCAGGAAGGCAAACUCGCGACGGACGAUUCCUCUCGCUACGUUUUCCUGCACGCGCUGGCUUCUGUCACGCAGGAUCCCGUCGAACUGCGCUCGCAGCUGCUGAACAUCCUCCUCGCCGGCCGUGACACGACUGCAUCCCUGCUGAGCUGGACGAUGCUGCUUCUCGCGCGCCACCCGGCCGAAUUUCAGAAGCUCCGACAGGCCGUCGUCGAUGAGUUUGGCACCUACGACCAACCCCGGAACCUGACCUUUGGCGCCCUCAAAUCCUGUCAACCUCUACAGCACUGCAUGAAUGAAGUCCUCCGCCUGUUUCCCGUCGUGCCUGGCAACCGCCGGAUCGCCACGAAGGAUACCACGCUGCCUCGGGGCGGUGGCAGUGACGGCUCGCAACCCAUCUACGUGCGCAAGGGCCAGCCCGUCGCGUACAGCAUGCACAUCUUGCACCGCCGCAAGGACAUCUGGGGCCCCGACGCAGAGGAGUUCAAGCCCAGCCGGUGGGUGGACCGCAAGGUGGGCUGGGACUACGUUCCGUUCAAUGGCGGCCCGCGCAUCUGUCUCGGGCAGCAGUUCGCGCUCACGGAGGCCGGAUACGUCUUGGUCCGGUUGCUGCAGCGGUUCGACGCGAUUGAAGACGUGCAACCGCAUCUGGAGAUCCGCUAUGCGCUGAAUCUGACCAGUGCGCCGGCGGACAAUGUUACUGUCCGGUUGAGGGAGGCUUCGAAGUAG